AAGUUGUUUCUUUGGUAUGGUACCCACGGCAUCGCCAGGGACAUCACUCGAGAAAAAGCCGCCGAGUCAACAUGGCGACCUUUUUCGGUGAAGUCCUGCCGAUUCACUCGCGAGCCGUUGACGACAAUGAGGACGAGAACGCCGAGUCGCCCAGCGUCUACUUCGACCUCGACCAGAAGUACCACGACGUCCCGUCGCUUCCCGCCUACGACCUCGUCUGCGUGGCUACUGGAGUGGCACCCAGUAUUUUUGUGCAGUGCUACUUGGUGCCGGACUCGCACCAAGUUCUGGGUACCAUCCGGUUGAACCGGACGAAGCAGCAGGACUCCAACGACCCAUCGGGUGCCUGGGGGCUCGACUACAGCCGCCGUCCCGACGUCCUCGGUAAACUGCUCCACUAUUCGGAUCACGGCGGUGGCGUGUUGUACUGCUUGUGCGACAAAGAGGUGCCGUUGGAGAGCUGCGCGCCCAUCGCCCGCCACUUCGUCGAGCUCUCCAAGUCCCCGCGCGUCACGUCCGUGUCGUUCGCGGCGCUGCCGGCGAGCGACUACAAGUCCAAGGGCAGGCCCGAGUUCCCGCUUCUGAGGCAGCUUCGCACGUUCGGCUCGGCCAGGAACGGCACGGAGGACGCCAUACCGGACCUGGAGACACCGAACACGGUGUCGGGAAUGUGCGCCGCCAUGCUGACCGAAUGCGAGGUGGGCGACAUGCCCGGGACGCUGUUUGUCCUCUACACCGACGCGCCCGAGGUGGACUCGACGGUGGUGCGGGCGCUGGAACCGACGCUGAGGUUGAACUGUUUGCAGGCCCUGAAUCAGCCGCUGGACAAUUGCAGAAACGAGCUCCUGAGGCGCGUCCGGGACGCCAAGAUCGACCGUGGGUACCUGUACUUCUGAGGUCGAAGCUCGGGGUUUCAGGGAGCGGAGGGGGUCGAUUUAGUCGUGCUCUAAUGCUAGCGUCAGCAGACUGGUUUACGAGCAGAAUACACAGCAAACGCACAUCUGAUAUCUUCUGAUGACCUCAUCUGUUGACGCGAAACAAAGGUUUUCAGCUAAUGUUCUUGACACUCACUGACCUGAACCCGCUAGUCUGUAGCGAUCUGACGAGCUUGUUACCUCAGAGGCACGGUUUACCAGGCUACCUCGUUCACUGCAGUCGAAGGACCAUACUUGAAGGACACCAAGUUGAACAAGCCCGUAGCGAGCCCCCUGACAAACUGCAGCUUAUUUACCUGGUAAGCGAGACAUGCCAGGAUGUCACCUGCAGUCCGAUACAGAUGCGCAAGCUGAAGACACUUUAAUCAUGUACCUUGUUUGACCAUCACCCGUAUAUCUGUGGACUUCACACUGACCAAGUCACUUUUGCCUGCAUGUCUCUAUGAAAAGCUUCACAAGAGUAAUGGACAGAUUUUAUGCGCACGUCUAUUGGAGUGCAAGGACAUUCUUGUCCGUUGCAUGCAGCAAUAAUGCUGGUGAUUUCACGAGUGAGAUGUGUUUGCUGUCCGCUUCGUAGGGCAUCAAAUCACUUGAAAGAUCUCUUCUAUGUAUAUUUUAUGCAUCACAGUGUACUACAGGGCACAUUACAUUGAAUGUGUUACUCGGUACUUAUUUCUGGAGCUUUAUGUUGCUCUGUCAUUGGCAAAUGAUAAGCACACUUCUACAUCAUUGCAAGCACAGAUUGCAGAGUGGACAUAUUGUUCUGUUAUUGUCACAAAGUUUGGGUGCCUCGAACAUAAUUGAGGACCAACAGUCCGCUGUGUUUUGAGUUUUGUUGCACUUUUUCAGUCUGAAAGAGUUUGAGUCGCGUUUGUUGUUAUUGUCGUGCACCUCCAACAUAUUUUGUUUCCUGAGGCUAUUAAAUGGCAGCAUUGUUUAAAUGCUUGUCAACCUUA